AUGACUUUGGUUGUUUACAAAGAUGGCAGUGUUGCUAUGGUGUCAAUGAAGCCAGACAAAGCUAAUGUCAACCAGUUGUUUGAUCUUGCACAUGUGUACGACAUCUACAAUAUUACCAACGUGAGAUUCAGCCUAACUAGAUCCUACAUAAAUAUUAUUGCAACAAUGCGAGGCUUUGAGAACCGUUGUGUUUUCAUCAACAACUACAGACAAGAGAGUUAUUUCUAUAACAACCAUCCAGUGUCAGUGAUGCAAACUAGUCAGGAAGUUCCUGGAUAUGGAGGCAGUCUGAAUGACCUUGACUUUACGUUAGACCAUCUUCUACCACUUGAGUACUUUGGUUCCCAGUACGUCAGUUUCCCAUCCCCUCAAUUAGGACCAUCACAAUCCAAUGUUACAUUCAAGAUUAUAGCUUUACACAAUAAUAGCAAGAUUUCUAUAUUUGGAGAGAAGAUUGAAGGAGCAUCACAAGUUACUCUAAGAACAGUUGGUGAAGUUGUAGUCCUGGAACUAUCAAGUGCAUACUUUUACUACUUUAAUAGCAGCAAGAAUUUUCAUAUUUCUUUAACUCACAGUCUUCCAAUUGGGAAUGUCUCAGCUAAAAGUGUUUGCACAGCCUCGUUGAUACCUGUCCAGCUAUGGAGACUACAAUAUGAUUUCGAAACCAUGCCUGACACUGUGAUCUAUAUAGUAGUUGAAACAGACUUUGAAAAUCUCAUUGAGAUAAACAACAUUUCUAAGCCAGAGUCAGUAUUAAAGUGUACGUCAAUACUAGGCAGUAACUGGUCAGGAUGUACGUACAAAGUAGAAGACCCUAAAGUUACACUCUAUCAAGUCCGUAUCAAGUAUCACCAGCAUACACUCGGCGUCUACACGUAUGUCUACGACCAAAUCUACAAUACAUCUAUGUGUACUGCAGUCGGACUCAGCGAUGACUACCGACCAUUGAAUGUAAGAGCAGCACAUUUGUUUAUAUUAUCAUUAUUUAUUUAUUUAUAUUUCAGCUACAAAACUGCCGUAGGCAAAUUAUUCAAAUAUAUAAAAGUUGUGUUUCUUGAUGAAGAAUAUAUUAAUAGCCAAUACAACUUUAGUGGUGAUACAGAACCUCCAUACCAAUGUAAACUUCCUAGUACACCGCCGACUCCUACCGUUGCAUCACUUGAAACUGUCAAACAGAUAAGACAGGAAAUCGUCAAGAACCUGACAGUAGCCAAACUGAACACCUCCUCUUUCCGGAGAACUAAAGAAAGUAUUCAAGACUACAGGCCAUUGUCAAACGCCAUUGGCUACUCAGGAAUCAUCAUGAUCACAUUAGUGUUUGUUGUUGUCUGUGGUUACGAUGUAGCAACAGCUGCUAUCACUUUGGUGACUUGGAUGAAAUCUCUAAAAAUGUGA